AUGGACACCACCACCGCCGCCGCCACCAACGCCCCUCCAGAGUUCAUCCUCGACGUCUUUGCCGACCCCCGCUCCGUUCGGGAUAUUGUCCGCGCCAUCCUGCACACCAUCUUCUUCACGCGCUUCUUCCCCGCCGUCCAUCCUUCGACCCGCAACGUCCUCGACCUCGUCACCUUGCCCUACGUCGACGACGAUGAGCUAGCCACCAUGAUUGAGCAGCGCGCCGCCGCUCUUGAGCGCCAGCUCGACGCCGAGCGCUCCUCCUCUCAUCAAACUACCGCGGCGGCGGCCGCCGCCGCCGCGCGACAGCAGUACUCGUCGUCUGGGACAACAGCCGCCGCUGCCGCUGCCGUCACAACGAGCUCCUCGGCAAGCGGCGCCCGAGGUCAGGUUUCCGUUCGCUUCUUUGAAAAGAGACGUCGCAAGGCGUGGCUGUCGCGCGGCGAUGAAGAGGUAUGCUGGGAGUGCUGGACGGUCAAGGUGACCGUUGCCGAGCCGAGGACGGAGUCUGAGCGCAGCAAGGUUCGCAGAGCCAUGGAGCAGACUCUCCUCACCACCGCCAUGAAAAUCGUCACCUUUGCCAACACCCACAAGGACCAUAUCCCUCCCAUCACCACACAGGGCGGCAACCCUUUUCCAUGCAAGAUUAGCAUUGAGCAAAAGGAGAGCACGGGCUGGGCGUCGCGGAUGCGCAUCUACUAG